AUGCACGAAUCAGAUAACCUUGGAAACUGUUUAGGCCUUUUAGCGCAAUUGCACCACUCAAGCAAAGAAGUAUUCCCAGGAGUCUCAAUCCCAAACUCACUAUCAGGAGUAUUCGGCUCUGAAAUCUCUAUUUUCCUUCUAUCUUUGCUCUCCUGCAAGAUGGUGAUAAUGAAGCUCAUGAACAAGUCGUCAAUUUUUUCAUUGCUCAACGCACUUGUUUUUAUAAACUGUGUUUUGUAUCUCCUCUUAAUAGCUUCGAUAUCCGAAGCUGAAACUUUUCUAUUAACUAAAUCACUUUUAUUUCCUACUAAAAUUUUUUUAAAGAGUCUUGGAUUCCGCAGUGCGGCUCUUUCGCUUUCUUUUAUGCUUACUCCCCCCUCUUUGAGCGAACAAAAAUUUCGUCUGUUUAAGAGGGGGGUUAGUUUUUUUUUUAAAUAAAUUUUAUAAAGUAAAUAUUAAUUUAAUUUAAAAAUUAUGUUUUAAAAUGCAAGCUACUUAAAAUUAGCAGAAUUAGCUAGAGAAUUCAGUGUACUAAAUAUCACUUAUAUAUCAAUUUUUUUUCAUAAACAUUUUUUGUUCGCUCAGGGAGGUGUGUAUUGGCCAAAUAAUAGGAAUUUUCAAUGGUUUUGGUCGCUAACGGAGGAGUCAGGAGUUACAAAAUUCAUAAUUUUUUCCAGCGAAGAAAUUGAUUUCGAGUUAGUUAAGUCAAAUAUAAACAUAAGUCCAUUUAUUUGAUGCUCCUGAUAUAGCUCAUCUUCAUUGGUUUUUUUGUCAAAAAUCCGCUUAUUUUCAAUUAUACAAUUAAAGAUCCGACAAAUUUCAGAGUCUUGGCGCUUAGGGUCAAUCAAGGGUGGAAAAUCAAUCGGAAAUAAAUCUUCAAGCUCCAAAAGUACAAAUCUCUUGUGAGUUUCAUCAAUAUUGAUUUCAACUAAUUUCCUGAAAGUCGUGAUAUUUUCUGUCGGGUUAUGAAUAUGAGAAAAAUCAUGAUUAAUAAAUCUUGACACCAUGCUUGUUUUCCCAACAAAAGAGCUUCCUAUCAGUGCAAUUCUUACGAUUUCAGGCUUUUCCAUCUUUUAUGUUAAGAAGAAACCCUCAACCCUGGAUUUGAAGGGUGAUAUUUCCUUGAGAUUUAAAUUUUAA